AUGGAGGAUGGAUUUAAUGUAAUCCUCCAACAGUAUACAACAAAUGAUGGCGAACAAUUAUACAAAAUCGCAACAAUUUCAAAUGAUAUAGACAUUAGUUGGGAACAAGAAGGCAAUAUCAAAGAUAAUUUGCUUUAUCAAUAUGCAAUUGACCAAAACGUGAAUGAGAUACUACUCGAUAAGGAAAUACAAACCGAAAAUACGCUACAAGCUGAAGAAUCAGAAGUAAUUCAGAAAAAUAAUAAGAGUUAUUCUUUUCGUUCCCCUGAUCCACUUCCAAAGUUAAAAAACAUUAACGGCGAGUUUUCCAGUUCAAUGAUACCAUUUUCAAUCUCGAAAAUCGAUUAUGAAAAUGAUUUUGUAUUCGUCAAAAUGUACGAUGAAGAAAAAGAUACAAAAAUGAAAUAUUCAGAUGCAUUGUGUUUGUUCCCUGAAUUGAUAUGCCAGUAUUUCGCUAAAUCUAAUCCUCAAUAA